AAACUGGAUUUUUUAUAAACAAAAACGUUAUUGCAACACAUUUGUUGAUAAAGUAAUUGAUGCUAGAUAUGGACGGAAAUGAUGUUCUACCACUCAUUAAAAUCGAACCAGAGGAAGAGAUUUUAGUAAGCACAGAAGUAUUGGUUACCAUAAAGAAUGAAAUUGCCAUUACUGCACAGUGCCCCAAAUCGCUCGAUACUGAAGAAGUACAACAAACUGAUUGUGGAUGGGAUAUUAAAACUCAAAUUGCCAACCGUUGUGAAUGUGACUUCGGUCCACACACAACAAACAGCUUUAAUUGUGCUCAUUGUGAUUAUGGAUCUGAGAAUAAACAACUGUUUCAACUGCACAUUUUAACACACCAAUGUAAUGUGCUACAAUGCGCUCAUUGUGAUUAUGCAACAAAUAACAACAAUUACUUUAAACGACACCUUUUAACACAUAACAAAUCUAAGAAUCUGAAAUGUGAUAUUUGCCAUUACGAGACAAAUAACAGCUACUGUUUUAAACAACACCUUUUAAAUCAUACUGACUCAAAAGAUUUUAAAUGUGCUAAUUGUCAUUACAAGACAAAUGAUAAAUACUGCUUUAAACGACACCUUUUAACCCAUACGGACUCUAAAUAUUUCUUACAAUUAGGUAUGAUGAUUAGACAGCAGCCCUGUGGAUGGGAUGGGACGGGAUCUAACAUACCAUAA